GGCUCCUGUCUUGGCCUUCUGAUUUCUUUUGACAUCUUUAGCUUCUCUCUCAUUCUGAUUUUGCUACUUGUCUUGUCUACCUCGUCUUACUAGUCAUGUUUUCUCAAAAUUCUUAUAUGGGACUGCGCGGCAGAGGCCUGAGAAUUGCCCAGAUUGCGUUUAUCGUUGCGCCAGGCUUCACAUUGUUUGGUUACAACCAAGCUGGUCUCGGCCCAUUGGCGACACUCCAUAGUUGGGCACAUCAAUUCCCAUCACUGGACACAGUCAACACAACCGGCCCACUCAAAUCACACAACUCAAUCAACAGCGGUGCCGUCAUUGCGUCUUUCCAAAUUGGAUCUUUGAUUGGUGCCCUAUCAUGCAUUUUCUUAGGGGAUCUUCUGGGCAGACGAAGGACAAUCUUUCUCGCUGCUUUUUUGACUCUCAUCGGCCAAGUUCUCCAAGUAUCGGCUUACAACUUGAUUCAGUUCGUCAUCGGUCGGCUCGUUUUGGGCUUGGGGAUUGGAGAGAUAAGCGUAAUGAUACCAGUUUGGCUAGCGGAAUGUUCACCCGCAGCUCACCGAGGGCGAGACGUUGUCACUGCAGGUAUCUUCUUGUGUUUCGGUUAUUCUGUAUGCAACUGGGUAGACUUCGCAUUUUACCACCUUCCAUCCACGAAUUUGCAGUGGAGAUUGCCAUUGGCAGUUGUUUCUCUACCGCUUUCACUCGUUAUGAUGUUUAUGGUCUUCUUUCUUCCCGAAUCUCCUAGAUGGUUAGUUCGGGUAGGAAGAACAGAGGAGGCUGCCAAGAAUCUAUCAGUGAUCAAAGAUCUUUCAGUCGAGGAUGAUCGCAUUCGCUUCGAAAUUGCCCAGAUCGAGUCAUCGCUUGAGUUUUCAACAGAAAAUAGUGCAUCACUCAUGCAGCUUUUCUCCAAAGACGACAAAGAGAGGCUACUUUACCGGUUCUGCCUAUGCAUAUUCCUACAAUUUGUUCAGCAGAUGUGUGGAGGUAAUCUCAUUUCGGUCUACGCAUCGACCAUCUUCCAGCAAAAUCUCAACCUGGAAGUCAGUCUAGCUAAGAUCCUAGCUGCUUGUGCCCUUACUUGGAAAUGUCUUUGCUGUUUCGUCGCUUUCAUCGCCAUUGAUCGAUGGGGACGUCGCGCGGUAUUCAUGAUCAGUGGCGCCGGCAUGUCAAUGUGUAUGCUCUCCUUGGCUGUCAGCACUAGUUUCCCCUCCUCCAACAAGAGUGCCUCUAUUGCUUCUGCAUUCUUCAUUUUCCUAUUCAACUUCUUCUAUCCUAUCGGAUUCUUGGGUGCCAACUUCCUGUAUUGCAGCGAGAUUGCUCCAGUCCGGCUUCGCGUGGCAAUGAGCUCGAUUUCAACUGCGAAUCAUUGGUUAUGGAACUUUGUUGUGGUUAUGGUAACACCGGUGGCCCUCGAUACCAUAGGAUAUCGCUACUAUGUCAUGUACACUAUCAUCUCGGCGCUUAUUCCCAUCUCAGUGUAUUUCUUCUAUCCGGAGACGAUGAAUCAGAACCUAGAGACGCUCAACAAUUUGUUCCGAGAUGCACCUUCAGCCUUUAAGGUUGUAUCAUUGUCACUCAAUGUACCACGGGGUGAGUUGGACGAAGAAUCAUUGGGCAAGGAAGGACAUGGUGGUGUGGCGGAGCAAGUUGAAAAGAUAUAACUAUAGAGUUUACAAACUAUGUAUUAGCAAAUUUUAACUUUAUACACAAAUUCUAUUAUUACUAUCAAGUUAGAUUCGAUUGACUGCUCAGUAGUCACAAGUAAAAUAUUUUGAAGUUUUAAUAUAUAUUAUGUUUAAGAUCA